UGCUGUGCGGCCCCCCUCCGGUCCUGGAGAACGCCUCUGUGGUCGGCGCGCGCAAGGCCAAGUACAGCGUCCACGCCACCGUCCGCUACCAGUGCCACGAGGGCUUCUCCCAGCAGCGCGCGGACGCCAUCCGCUGCCGGGCCUCGGGCACCUGGGACCCGCCGCGCAUCCUCUGCGUCAGACCCCGAAGGUCACACCGGAUUCGCCGGCACCGGCGCCACCACCCGCACCACCACCAGCGCCGCCACCACAGAUCACACAAGGAGCGGAGGAAACACAGGCUCCAUCCGGCUGAGGACUGGACCAGGAGGGAGGGAAUUUCUGCUGAGAGCAGACUGAAGCAGACCAGAGCACA